AUGACUGGCUUUGCCAAAUUCGCCCUCUCCGUUCAAAAAGUCCGGGCUGCGAUCCAUAACAGAAGAAAGGCGGGUGCCAAGGACCAGCGUGGAUCAUCAUCGUCUCUGAGAAACGACCAUGCAGACCCCUCAGUUUCAUCACCAUGGGAUCUUCCCGUCGAGAUUCAAAUCCGCAUAUUUGCAUAUUGCGGCAUCACCGACUUCCAUUCGCUGAGACUCGUCUGCAAGGCUUUUUGCCAACUGCUCACCAGGAAUGAACAUGAUAUUGUCCGGCAGUAUCUCCGCUUGCGUCGCCACGGUACCCUUCCAUCUCCAAUCGACGAUACCCGCGCAUAUACUCGAAACCCAGGCGACGAUGUGGUGCUUUUGUCAGACCUAUUCCCACCGUCCAAAAGCGCUAGGGGCGGCCAUCUCUAUACCUUCAAAUACUUGCAUGGGUUGAGACGAAGACAAAUGCUAUGCUCAAGGCUCAGCUACUACCUGGCGGAUCGGAUCCUCGAUCGGUUCGUGCAGACCGAACCGGCCGUCAUGAGGGCCUCCUUUCCUGCAAACCGAAACGAGCGCAAUGCCCUUGUCAAACGUGGCAUAGCUAGAAUACGGUUCCACCUUGCACCACUCAUGUAUUAUACCCUUUAUUUCCUUGAAACAUACACAUCCGCCCGGCGCGAGCACACGCACACGCUCGUACAACAAUACGAGGCAGGCCAGCUGCCUGUACCCUUACCACUCGAUAUACGCCAGAUGAUGUACCGCGAGCUACAAACCCGGAUUCUCCAAAGCCCCCCUUUCACCGACACGGCGGCGUUGGUUGCGACACACCAUUGCAUGCAUUUGCUUGUUUCAUAUAUACGCUUCGCUAUGUCUCCAGAUGGCCAAUCUGAGAUUGAUGACUCAUGGAUUAGCUCGUUGCUCACAUUGGCGCCGUUCGUGCGGAUCGUCGAGUUCUUCUCCGCUGAGAUCGGGGACGGUGGGAACCAGCGAACACAACGCAAGGACUUUAUGUACAACUUCCAUAAAGAUACGACGAGUUAUGAAAAGGAUCGUAUGAACUCGGUUGUUUUUGCGCGCUCGUCUACUCGGAACUUACAUAGUUCGGUACAAGAUAUCUGGUUUGCUGCUGCUGAAGCUGAAUUGAAAGCUCGGCAUGCGAUACAUCACGACGUAGAGCACGUCUGGAUAUGGAAUGACAACCAAGCCGCCUUGAAAACAUAUGCAACGCGUCUACGUGACCAUCUCACCGGAGAUGUCCUCCCUGGUAUUCAUACAAGCUCUGGUGCAGUAGAUGAUGACGCGCUGUCUAAAACAGGCGCCCUAAAAGAUUGUCUAUGGCGGCCAAUCGCUCCUCAAUCAGUGCGCGACGAUGGGCCAAGCAGAUCUCAGAACACCACAUUUCCUGGCAUUCUAGUAACGCUAAAAUACGAAAACAUCAUCUACAAAGCAGCGUUGCUCGCUGACACAAAAUCAUCCCCAAAUCAGCGCACUGGAUCCACAUCUCUCCCCCUCCUCCUAACCAGAUUCCCAACUGCACUCCGGCAAACAUUCCUCACCUUCUUAUCUACCAAUUUUGACACUUACUGCUCGCCCCUCCGACUGUCUUCGAGUUUUCUCUGUGCUGGUCUAGAGACAUAUCUCGAUACCUUGCGCACUAAGCAGCCAAGUACAAGUGACACAGUCGAGGAGGUCAUCAAGGAGUUACAACUCACGCUGUCCUUUUCACCGUCGAUUGCGCCAGAGCUGAGAUCCCUUAAUGUUAGCGUCACGCGCGCUUCACUGGCGGGUUUUCUGCGUGAUCAGCCUAAACAGUCGGCCCCCAAGUCGCGCAGUCUUCAAGAUAAAUUGCGCAGCCCUUUUAUCGCCAAUCUUACCUCGUACCUCGAAACGCAUCUUGCCAUGAAGCUGGAUCUGGAUGGGUCUUCUUCAGACAAGGUUGCUAAGCAGCAUGUGCGACUCUCGAAGAUUGCAUGUGCUGCUUUCGUUUUGGGCGGUGAAGGACGUGUGAAGCUGGUUGUGGCUGCUGAUAGGGAUACUGGGGAUGUGGAUAAGAGCUCUCGAGUUCCGGGCGACAAGAAUGAGCUUGCUUUGGAGGCAGGAGAAUGUCUUUUACGCUCGGUGAUCCAGAAGGCUGUUCUGGAGGAUCACUCCACUACGUGA